CCGCCGGCAGCUCCGCGGCCUCCAGCGCCUCCUCCUCUUCCUCCUCCUGGUUCUGCUCCUCCUGCCCCCGGCGGUGGCGCCCGCACCCCGGCUGUAUGAUCAGGCUACAGUCUUCAAUGAGUAACCAUAUUCCUCAGUUCUGUGGUGUUCUUGGUCACACAUUUAUGGAGUUUCUGAAGGGCAGUGGAGACUACUGCCAGGCACAGCACGACCUCUAUGCAGACAAGUGAACUGUAGAAAUCCAUUACUGCUCCACCAAGAAGCCCCCCUAAGAGU